AUGACCGACACAAAUGUCUCCACCAAGAGCUCCUUCUACCCCCACCCGUCCGACAACGUCUUCACCACCCGAAUUCUCUAUCGUGAACAAUGUCUUCGCAAAUUCUCGGCGCACUUCCGUGAUGAUCCCGAGUGGACGUCAAAAUUGGACGAUCCUGUGUAUUUCAACCAAAAAUUAAGGGAAGCGAAAGAAAAUGAUAAGUUUUUACCCCGGUUAAAUACGGGUGCUGCGGUUUGGAGUGACGAAGAUACGGAAUUUGUGUGGACGGAGUUGGUCGAAAGAUAUAGACCUUUUGUAACGAAAAGUAGGAAGGCCGGGAAGAAGGCCGAACCGAGUAUUGAUGGAGUUUGGAAGACGAAUGGAUUGGUUGAGGAGGAAGUGUGGAGAGGGUUAGUUAAAGCUAUGGAGCUACUAGAAGAUAUUCCCGGAGGAAGGAAAAUAUGGCAUCGGGAUAGUCAGGGCCAGGUCUGGAGUUUAGUACAUCCCUCAUUCUGGCCCAUCAUAUAUGGGCAGACUACCAACUCUGACGGCAAGAUCAUUCAACCUCCAUCUGGUCCCGACCCACCAGCCUUUACGCCGGGUUUGGCUCAAUAUCAUGAUCCAGUUAUCUUGAGGAAGUACUCCAAAAGGUUCUGUUGGCUCCCAUCGGAAUUCCAGAUCUCUGAAGAAGGAAAGGUCAAAAUCGCUUCCUACAUAAACAAUCUAGCGACGGAAAAACAGCAGGAGUUGUUUUAUCCUAUACUUCAAAAGAUAUUUGAAGGGUUUGUACCAUUGUUUAACCACAUUUUAGCGGACUUGAGAGAGGGCAAAGGGGAGAUUCGUAGGGUAAGAUGGGAUUCUGGGUAUUCACCCGAGAGUGAAGACGAUCAACCGGAGAUGGCAAAAUUUAGGACCGAAAAGAAGGAUUCCAAUUCAACGGUAGAUUGGGAAACAUUCUCAAAAGACUUCGAGCUUGAACCCUUUAUACCACCUAGCGGGGGGUCAGGAGAUGUCGUGAGAAAUCCUCGAGAGCGACUAGCAGAAAUGUGGACACCCCCCCAGCCCGAAAUAUUGGAUAGUGACAAGUUGGAGGGAAGAACAGUAAAAGUUAUCAUAAAAAUGAUGCAUAUCGUGAUAUCACCAAAAAAGCCGUGGUAUACUGGCGAAGGAUGGAGAGUAGAUGGCACGAAAAAUGAACGUAUUGUGGCCAGUGGCAUAUAUUGCUACCACCAAGAAAAUGUUACCGAAUUCGGACUUAGUUUCCGCCGAGGAUUUGCAAAAGAUCCUCAUAAGGCAGCAGUCUCGAUUUUAGACACUGGGGACGAUACGGAGGGUUUUUUUGACAUAGAAAAACAUGAUACCUGCCAGGAUAUCGGUAACGUCGAGUUGGGGGAAAACCAAGGCAUUGCAUUUCCGAAUAUAUAUCACCAUAGGGGGUGGGCAUGCUGCCUUCGCGACGAAUCAAAAUCUGGAUACAUUAAGCUCCUCCAGUUCCUACUUUGCGACCCAUCAGAAGAAUUUACAGUGGACACGACCCGAACUGUGCCAGCACAGCAACCAGAGAUCAGAGAGGAAAGAAUAAAUGCCUUCCGCGAAGCAUGUGUCGGUAGACUUCCGAUGGAGUUAAUAUAUGAAAUCGAAGAACAUAUACCACCUUCAAUAUCAAGGGCAGAAGCUACGGAAUACUAUCAAAAGGUUAGAGAAGACGGGAGGGAGUGGACCGACUGCAUUCUACGGAUGGGAGGGGAUGCUGCAUACUAUGUUCAAUCCAAACCAACAGGAACACCGUUCGAUAUGAUAUCUACCGCCACCUCAUACGAAUGGACUCCAUUUACAACUCGCUGGUGA